AUGACUACACAUGUCAUUAUAGAUGCAGAAUACCUUCGUAGAAACAAGGUAACACAUGCAGAGGUUAUAAGUGGACUAAGUCCAAACAUACGUAGUUUAAAGUUUGGAGAUGAUUUCAAUCAAAAUUUAUGUACAUUUAUACUACCAACAACCAACUGUCAUAUGUAUCUAUUACCAAUUAUAUCGUUGCCGGUUGGUUUGGUACGUCUAGAGUUUGGAGAUUGCUUCAAUUCAAACUGUCCACAGGGGUCGCUGCCACCGUCACUCAAGGUACUUUGGUUUGGACGUGACUUUAAUCAACCACUUGUCGGACUCCCAAAAACACUUGAACAUCUCAAACUCGGUGACAACUAUGACCGACCGCUAAAUGGGUUGCCAGAAGGACUCCUCAAACUAGAGGUCGGAUCAAAGUGUGAAAUAGCCAAACUACCAAGACUACUCACCUCGUUAAUUGUCAAUGGUGUAGCAACCGACCAAUACUUUUUAAAUCGUCUUAAAAUGUUUUCAAAUUUUAAACUCGGUCAAGGUGAUACUAGAAUAGUUGGUAUUAAAUGUCAGUCUCUUCCAAUAAUACUCAAUAACAACAACAAUCAACAAGAAGGACAACAAGAUGGACAACAAGAAAGACAAAGACAAGGACAAGGAAUUAAAAUUAAGAAUGAAACACCUCUUAAACUUAAAAUGUUUAUUUCUUUCAACAAUAACAACAAUAACAAUAAUAAUAAUAAUAAUAACAAUAAUGAAGAAGAAUCAUCUAAAACCAAAACACUUUUACUUAAAUUAUAUAAUGGACAUUCAUUCACAAUUUCAAAUGAAAAGAUUGAAAGAAAUAUGACAAUAUUUGUGUUGAUGCAAAACCAACAAUUUCUAAUCGUCGAUACUUUUGAAUUUCCAGAUGGAUUGGCAGACAAUACACUAUUAGUUAUUUCACUCCAACUACGACAUUUAUCAAUCACUCAUAAAAACCAUCAACAUUCACUCAAACUUUUACAACAUCCACUUGCAUCCAACAACAAUAACAAUAACAACAAUAAUACUACCUGCUCCACCAAGUUUUUUGGAACAAAAAAGUAUUAUCAACUUUGUAAAUAUCAACUAGACUCCAUUUUAUUAAUAUCUCAAGAGAAUCCAAACUUUGUAAAUAGAGGACAAAAGGAAAUGACCAAGUUUAUAAUCAACGAUAAAAGAUUUAAAUAUAUUGAUCAACAUCAAUACAACCAUGACCCAUUUAUCUAUUUACAAACUAAACCAUCAUACAAUGAAAAGGAUUUAAAUGAUUUUUAUUUAAAUUGGAAUUUCCAACUAUCAUUUAAUUUAGAAUCUGUUCUAAAUCAACCAUUAUCAGUUAAUAUUGUAGAGUUGACAUUAACGGGUGAUCUUUCAAAAUUACAGACAUCAAGUUUACCACGUACAGUUGAACAUUUACAAUUAAUGGGAAACUUUAACAAACCCAUUGAUACGAUGCCACCACAACUUAAAUCAUUAAUCCUUGGUAAUUCAUUUAAUAGUGAGAUUAAUGAAGGUGCGUUACCAAGUGGAUUGAAAACAUUGGUUCUACCACCCACCUAUAAAAAGAAUCUGUCAAAGAUCAAGCAUCUAGAAAGGCUCCAACAUAUCACCUAUUUUAAUGAAAUUUUAUUGGAUCAGCUGCCAGUCAAUCUUAAAUCCAUCACCACUCAUUCACUCGGUGGUGACUCUUUACAAGAGUUUUCUCAAAGAUUAACUGUUUAUAUUGGAACAAAGGGAACUUCCGAACCUAUCAAUCAAGGUAUUCCAUUUAACAUUAAUUUAGGAAUGGUUCAAUUAAUGAUUGGUAAUAAUUAUUAUGGUGAUGGUGAAAUUAAAGUAAAUCAACUUGGAUCAAAUGAAGUUUUAAUUUGGACAUCAAAUUGUAAUAGAUUUACAAUUGAAUUAAAAUUGAGAUGGAUUGGUUUGGUAUCAUUUAUUCAACAUUCAAAAGAACCUCAUCUCUACUUUCAAAUUGACAAACUUGCAUUUGAACAACAAUAUUUAAAUGUUUUAAAUGAUAUAAAGAAUCAUUUGUUGACAAUCGAAUCUACUACUACCAGUAGUAUAAAAGAUAAUAUGCACCACCAUCAUCAUCAAAAAAAAGAAUUUAUUGGUAAUGUUCAUCAAGUUUUUGAUAAUGAUCAAUAUUUGGAAAUUAGAUUUAUACCAAAAUUAAAAGAUUCCUUAUUAAAUAAUUGUUUAGUUAGAAAUCAAGUAAUGGUACUUCAAAUUGAUUCACAAAUAAGUGAAUUAUUUCAAAGGCUACCAUUUAAAUCUAUAUUUUUAAAAUAUGCAAUAUUGCCACAUCGAAUCACCUUUCCAGGUGAUUUGCAAAUAUUAACAUUUGGAAAUAAUUUUAAUCGACCUAUUUUAAAGGAUUUCUUUCCUAGUCAUUUAAAGUCACUAGAGUUGGGUGAUCAGUAUAACCAUCCCAUCGUAUUAGAUAGAUUACCAAGUUCACUGACUACCUUGAAAAUUGGUGGUCAUGACUUUAGUCAUUAUCUUGUGAACCAACAUUUUAAAGAUAUGCUUCUUACUGCUAGUCAAGAAGAUGAAGUUGCAAUGUAUCCACAACUUCAACUUUGUCAAGAAGGACAUUUAAAUCAUUACACAAUUGCUAGAUUAAAAUGUCAUAAACAACAACCUAAACAACCUAAACAACAACAUUCUUCUAUUCUUCUUAUUGACCAAUUAGAAUGUAGAAUGAUUAAUAGAACACCAUUGGAUUUAAUGAUUAUAAUUAGAUAUGAUGAUAAUAAUAUUAUGGAUACUGCAGUAGAUAGUAAUAUUUUAUUCAAUCUAAGAAGCAAUGAAUCUUGUUCAGUUGGAAUUGGUAGUUGGAGGAAAUCAAUCAAAAUUAUCAUUUUAAAAUUCAAUAAUAAUUUUAAAAUCAUUUAUUCUCAUACCUUUAGUGUUGAUAAUCUUGUAUCUCAUGAUAUAGUAAUUGAUUUACAAGAUUAUAUCAUUAUUGGAAGAUCUAUUAUCGACAACCAUCAUCCUCCUCACCCAAUUACAAUCCCUCUCUCUGCCAUUACAUCAUCCACUUUUCAAGAAUCAGUGAUAGAUUGUGAUCCACAAAAUAAUCUUUGUAUUCUAUAUAAUUAUUCUGAAAGUAAUUCAUUAGUAAUAUCUAAAGAUUCUUCAAAUUUGUUUAUUUUUAAACAAAUGAUACCAUCAGAUACUUAUUUAGAUGGUGGAUUGUAUAGAAUUACAAAUGAAGCAAGAGCACUCAUUAAAUUAAAAGGGGAUGGUCGGUUUGUCCAACAUGUUUGUGAUGUAUGUGAUUCGGACAAAGAUCAUAUAUCCCUUUUAACACAAUAUAAUUAUAAUGGUACAUUAUUGGAUUAUCUAAACUUUUUAAGUAAUAAAAUAACAGAAGAAAUGAUAUGGUCGUUUAUAUCACAAUUAUUAGAGAUGGUAUAUGUAUUGGAUGAAAAUGAAAUGGUACAUUCAAAUAUAACGCUUGAAAAUAUAUUUAUUGGUGAUAAUGGACAAUUGGUGCUUGGUAAUUUUAGUGGUUGUGAUCACCUUGGUGCUGGUGGAAUAUUCCAUUCACUGCUGUUGUUUAAAAAUAGAGAUAUUGAAGGCAUUGGAAUUGCAAUGACAGACCUUUUAACAAGACAAAAGAAUAUUGUAGUAUCACAAGAACUAGUAGAUUUUAUCAAAGAGUUGAGAGCACCACUUGGCCUGACUCUACACAAGAUACUGGCACACAGACAAAUGUGGGGAUUGUUUGUUUACACAUUUAGAUUUAAUCAUCCCAUCACACAUAGAAUCCCACCAAUCUUGAAAUAUCUAGAGAUAACAGGUGAAUUCAAUCACCCAAUCGCACCAGACACUCUACCAACAAGUCUAGAAACACUCAAACUAUUUGGAAAGUUUAAUCAACCAAUCCAGGUAAACAUCCUACCAAAGGGAUUAAAACAACUAGAAUUUGGACCACAAUACACUCAAUCAAUCAUAGUCGAUGCUUUACCAACAGAACUCAGUUUACUUAAAAUCGAAAACAAAGAUAUUAUUGAUUAUGCCUAUAUUUUCAAACAAUUGGUUGAAUUUAAAGUCAUCUCUUCUAAUCAGCCAUUACAAGAAGCAACGUGCCCUGAUCAAUUUAUAUUUUCAAAGGUUUCUUGGAGAAUUGAUCAAAAUGAAGAAAUGAAUGUCAAUUCUUCUUCUUCUUCUGGAUCGUUUAGAAUUAUAAAUCAAACACCUCUUAGAUUGGUAUUUGUGGUGUACAAGGAAAAGGAAAAUCAAAUCAUCACAUUGGAGAGUAAACAAUGUUCUUGUCCAAUUGAUUUUGAACAAGCACCAGACCAAUGCGUUCUUGUUCUCAAACUCAGUCACAACCAUAAAAUAUUUCAAUGUAUCAACUUUAAGCAAUCAGGAGAUCUAGUCGUUGAAAUACAGGAUUAUUUUAGUAUUACAGCUGAUCCAUCAUCAACUUUUAAAUUUUCAUCAACCUUUCCAGACAGUCGACAAAAGGUUGGUAAAAAGAAUGGUCCUCAUCGUAAAGUAACUGUAAAUGAAAAGAAAUAUUAUCGUUUACAUCUUUACUCUAAUACUCAAAAUGUUGUCAAUUUAGUUGUUUCAGAAUCUACUUCUUUAUGGUACGUUUUAAAAGAAAUAGAUUUUACAAAAUACUCAAAGAAACAAGAAAAAAGAAUUGAUUAUGAAAUUAGAGCAUUGGCAUUGUUUCAAGGAUCAGAUAGAUUUUGCAAGAUGGUAGAUCAUCAAAUAUAUAAAAGAAAGUCUUUUAUAUUGUUUGAUUUUUUUGAAAAUGGUGAUUUGGAAUCAUUUUAUCAAUCUAUUAUUCACAAAAACAAGAUAGAGAAUAUACAAAAUUAUAUAUCAGAAGAGAAAAUAUGGUCAUAUUUAUCUGAAUUAUUAGAAAUAACACAGUAUAUGGGAGUAAAUGGAGUAUUACAUUUGGAUAUUAAACCAAAAAACAUUUUACUUUGUUCCAAUGGUCAAUUGGUUCUGUGUGAUUUGGGUCAUUGUAUCUUUCUUGAAGAAUUUAAAAAAGAAAGAGAACUGGAACUAGAAAAACAAGAACAAGAACAAGAAUCAGCACCAGAUGAAAGUCAAAGUGUAACAAUUACUAAAACAGCAUCUCGUGGAACUGAUGGACGUAUGGCUCAGGAACAAGUUGAAGGAAACUAUGACAAACCUUGUGAUAUUUAUCAAAUUGGGACAACUGCUCUUCAAUUAGUAUCUUGUCAUCCAAAUGAUGUUAAAAAUAGAGAAUUAUUUAAAACUCAAAAGAUUAUAAAUAUAAGUGAAGAAAGAUAUUCGAAAUCGGUUAUAGAAUUUAUACGUGGUUUAUUAAAAGAGUCGCCUCAUGAUAGGUUAUCUUUAAACAAUCACUUUAAACAUAUGAUGGAUCAACAAAUGAAUGCUCAACAAGAACAUUAUCAACAACACACAUUCUCUUAUUUUAUCAACAUUUCAAUCAAGGAACCCAUCACUGAAAAUUUCACUGAAAUCAUAUUGGGAACCUCAUUUAAUCAAAUCAUCAAACCAGGCACCCUACCUAUAGGUCUAUUGAAAUUAAAGUUGUUGGAGGUAUCAAAAUGUUGUUGUAAUGAAAAAGAUGGUAAUAUAAUUUGGAGAAAUGAAGAAAAUAAUUUAAAAUUAAUAUUAAAUGCAAGAGAUAAUAGUAUAAGAGUGGUUUCAUUUAUUCAAUACACCAACUACCCUCAUCUAUUUUGUCAAGUUGACAAAAAAAUGUUUGAAAACAACGAUCAGAUCAACUCUCUUGGAUUCCAAGACCCUUUGAAAAAGAUACCAAAAUCUCAUCAUCUUAAUAUUUUAAUGAGUACCUAUGAAUCUGAUAAUAUUCAUCAAACAUUUAAUGAUGGUCAAUAUCUAAAUAUUAGAUUCAUUCCUUUAAAAUCCGUAAGAUUCAGUUAA